CUUAGCUUUGAGUCCAAAAAUGAGGUAACAGAAGAAUCCACUUUAAUUGACAAAACUAAAAGCAUACUCUCUGUUUGCUGCCAACUACUAGAUGCAAAAAGGAUAGAUAAAUCUUAUGAGGCGUUAUUGCACGCUUUUAGUCAUUCUUCUAACAAUUUGGAAGUUCUCAAGUUAAUUUUCAAUGUCACAGAUGAUGAAGCUAUAUUUUAUGGACAUCAGAGAAGUGGCCACCGAAUAAGUCGUUUCGAGAACCAAGGACUGGUACUGAUGAUAACUUCAAGCACAAAUGUGUCUGAUAUUAUCUUUCUUGCCAAUCAGUUGCGGAAGAACAAAUACGUGCGAACCAUUUGGAUUCCUAUAGUAGAUUAUCCUAAUAUGUGGAGUAAUGAAAACUCAGAUUGGAAUCUCAAGUUAUUUGAUUGCUGCUAUCGUGUUGAUCCACUGGAAAAGAUUGCACCACAAUUUAUAAGAUUUGUCUUGAAGACAUACUUUCCACCCUUCCAAAUUGGGGGAGAACCAUUCGUUAUUUCAUUGGAUAAUCGCGGAAGAUUGGUUCAUUUUAAUGCGUUCCACAUGAUGAUGACAUGGGGAAGCAAUGAGCUUGAUGUUCCUAGUGUUACCGAUGGAUCUGAUUUAUACUUGUCAUUAUUACAAGACAUGAAGAAGAUGAUCUUACGUGCUGGUGUUAAUUAUGUGAUUGAUGAUAUUGACAACAAGAUCAAUAUUUUCGCCGAAGACUUUUAUAGAAGGAUCAGUAAUUGGACGCGUGAUAUUAAUUCAGAAAUGAGUAGAUCGGUUCGUUCCUACAACUAUACAAGCAGCAAAGAGAAAGCACUUUGGAAUGCAGAAACUUGGUCUGUUAAUCUUGUCAUAUAUCCUUCCCGGUUCAGCAAGAUAAGAGGAUGGAGUGAGCAGGGAGAAUGCAUUUUCUUAUAUGGAGGGAAUAACAUUAAAUGCGUUGAAGAAUUUGCAACAAAAAUAAAGGAAAUUAGUUCCAAGAUCCAAUUGGAGAUGAAGUUGGCAUAUGUUGGAAAAAGCAUAAAAGUUAAGUCCGUGGUUGAGAAUAUAAGUGAUUAUGUCCAUAAGAGUAGAGACUCUCGGAGUUUUUGGCUACGACUUCGAAGUGUGUUGGUGUCAAGAAUCAAUUAUUUGAAUGAAAUUGGCAUUGAUGAAAGGGGUGACAACAUUGCUAAAGGACUCAAAAAAUUGCUAGCUUAUGAAGCUAGGGGUACAACAGUUGGAGGAUGGGCACUGCUAAGUGAAGGAAAAGAAGUGAUUGUGUGUGACCUAACAGAUAAAAUAUUGGCAGUGAUGAACAAAUAUGAAACAUGGAAAGACAAUGUGCCCAAACAAGGUUUCAGCCAAGCAUUCAAAGACUGUUAUAACAAGAUUACUUCUUUGUCCCCUUCUUCUAAGCAUCACAACCCAUGUUGUGCUGUUGAAUAUCCACUCACUUUAGGUCACAUCCCUGAAAACAUGGAAUGUCCUCAAUGUUUUCACAACAUGCAUAGAUUUAUCACUUUCACAUGUUGUCAUCAUCUUAACUAUUAUGAGAACAACUUUUACUAGCAUACAAUUUUAAUCUAUUCAUAUGUGUAUUCCAAACUUGAUAUUAGCUUGGGCAAAUUGUUAUUUAUC